AUGUUCUCCAGCUCCACCGUUGCCGUCGCCGUCGCCGCGCUGGCCGCCGCCCUUUUUACUUCCACCGCCUCUGCGGACAGCGCCGGCUACGUCCUCCCGUCUUCGGGCACCGCUUCCACCACGCAGUUCCUGGUCGGUCCCGAGUUGUCGGGCGGCACAGCCUGUGGUGUCCAGAAGCUCCCAAACGGAGCCACCUCGCUCUCUGGUGCUCUUGGUAAAGGCGGUGGGCCCGGCUACCUGUAUGCCGCCAUCAACCAACUAGCCUUCGGCGCCAACCCCUCCGUCUCCUCGGCCGGCGGCCCAGGCGGCGCAUGCGGCAUCUGCUACAGCAUCACGCCCGUCUCGUCCAGCGGCACGGCCCUGACGGCCAACACGCUCACCUUCAUGAUCGUCGACGAGUGCCCGGCCUCGGUCUCGCUUUCCGGCGGCAGUCACUGCAACACCUGCAGCACCUCGGAAAAGAACGACAUGGGCCAGACGUGGCAUUUUGAUAUCGCUGUCGAUGCCAUGAGUGAUGCGCAGUACAGCACUUUCUUCAAGGGGGUCACGGACGGGACCAACUGGGAACAAGUGCAAUUCACCAAAGCCUCCUGCGGCUCCGCCAGCCCAACACCCAGCGCCGCCAGCUGGGGCUGCGUCUCCGGUGCCUGUCCGAAUCAGGCUUCCGCCACUGUUUGCGAGAACACCGGUUUUAGCAAGCGUCUGUUUGCGCGGCAGUUCACAGGGCUCUGA